UUUUUUCUUUUUUUCAACCUUGAACCUUUAACGUGAAUUUUCAAAAACAAGUUACGUAUAGAUUACGGAUAAUCAUCGUUAUCAUUAUGAUGAAGGAUUUUGAAGUUACUUAUUGUGUUGGAGAAUCUUUAAUGUAUUUUUCUAUUCGGAACUUUUCGACUGAUCCGAUAAAAAAUUCAAUUUUGGUUUCGUUUGAUAUUGAAAAUCGUUUAAAAGUUAAUGGUUUAUGCUUAGAAGAUAUGUCAUCUAAUAAUAAAUGGUAUUAUGAAGAAAAUAUCUUAUUUACAUAUACACAGGAUAUUGAAACCCUAUUCAUUAUCGAUUUUGAAUUAUCAAAUACUGUUCGAAUGUUUUUUAAGAGUUUAAUAGAUGGAAAUGCUUAUUAUCCUAAAUUGAAAUACGUUUAUUUAAUUGGAUGUGAUGGAAGGUACGGAAGAGAAAGUUUUUAUGAUAAUUUAAUUCAUUUUUAUGAAGAAAAAAAUGAUUAUAUAGUUUUAGAUGGGAGGGAUAGUAUUAAAGAGAUCGGAGCUAAUUUAGUGUUUUGGAUAAUGGAUGAUAAUGAAUAAAAUAAUUACUCUGAUGUAAAUUUUUUACAAUCGCAGACGAGUAACAUCUUAUCAGCUUAGGCUGAUGAUCACACAUCUAAUGAAUGAUGGCAUAAUUAUAUUAUUUUAACAGUUUUAUCAAAGAUGUAACAGUACCUGUUUAUAUGAUAUCUCAUCACUAAGAGAACGAGAAUUUAAAUUGGUGAAAA